AUGUGCAAAAUCCAACCGGGACAGUUGGUGCUUUGGAAGCAGGACGAUGAGGACAUUCCCCGAGGGGAUAUUGGUGAAGUGAUCCGCCUUGCCGGUGAUGGAAAGAAGUUUUCAAUCCAGUGGCCCAAAGGACAUUGGAGUAUGAGGAUCAUGGAGAUUGAGAAGCUGCAAUUUCAGAAGGGAGAUCGUGUGCAGUGGAUCAAGUCGGACGAUGACAUCCCGGAGGGCGCUAUUGGUGUGGUCAUGUGCGUGAAGUAUGUUGAAGAUUCCGGGCAGAAGCUUUAUGUGAAUUUCCCAAGUGGUAGAUAUUCCUUCUGGCCGCAUACGCUGGAAGCAGUGAACUUUGAUACUGACGGAGCACAGCAGUUGAAGCUGACCUUCAAGCGCUUCGAUGCCAAUGGAGAUGGCAAGCUCUCAGAGGAGGAGUUCAUGAGUGUGCUGGGCAAGUUGGGAGGGGGGGGAGGUGGGUUGGCCCCAGAGGAGUGUAAACAGCUUUUUGACGCUUUGGACAAAGAUGAUAAUGGAAAGUUGACGGUCAAUGAGUUUAUUGACUACGUCUUGUCCGAUGCUUCUCAAGCCGCCAAAAUGGUCUUGGCGGACGGCUUUGGCUUUGAUGGAUUGCUGGGGAUUUCCGACGAUGAGGAUGAUUAUGAUGAUGAGGCAGAUGAAGCAGGUAUGAAGGGAAGGCCUUGCGAGGAGGCUCCGCCACUGAAAAGUUCCUACAACCCCGAGACAUCCGAAGGGGUCGAUGCAGAAACCGAAGUCUCCAAGGCGGAGUGGGCCACCGCUAUGCUGACGGUGGGCAUCCCCCGUGCUGCUGCGCUGGCCAGUUUCGAGGCUGUGGUGGAGGAGCUUGGAGGAAACCAGGAGGUUUUGAGGCUUGAAGAUCUGGCCUGUGAGCUGAAUGGCAUGGGUGGUGCAGCAGGUGUUGAGGAACUUCGUGGUCCAGUUGGAAAGGUGAAACAUGGCGAAGUUGAAAUCGUCGAUUUGGGCACCCCAUCCGAAGAGGUCGACUUUGAAAGGGAUUUGGCCCGGAAGACCGGCCUGGACGGCCUGGUCUUUGACCUUCAUUACAACAACCACUCGCCGCAAGACGCAUUCAAGCAUCUUCCCAAGGCCAAGCUUUCCGCCCUUGAAAGGAAUAUCUUAGGCGAGAUGAGUGAGGAGGAGUUGGUGGAGGCGGUGCUUUGCUACUGGGAGUCCUCCGCGACCUUGAGCGCAGUGGCCUCCUGGCAGAGGUGCCGCGAGAACUGCUUGCGCGAAGUCCAGGAGAUCAUCGAUGAGUGCAAGAGCCGUGGCGAGAAAUACAGAGACGAAUCCUUUGACCCGCUGGAAAAUGAGGGCAAGGUGCUGUGGGUGGACAAGAAGAAACCUGGCUGGGAUAACUCGGUCACGCAACCCGACGGCUGGACCAGUGCCACCGAAGUGGUUGGUGUGCGGCAUCCGUGCAUCCACAAAAAAGGUGCCAGUGCCUCUGAUGUAGAACAAGGACACAUUGGCAAUUGCUUCUUCGUGGCAGCUGUAGCGGCAAUGGCUGGCACCCGAAGGUCCUUCUUGCGACAAGCCCUAGUGGCAUAUGAUAUGGAGGUGGGUGUCUAUGGCGUGAUGUUCUGUGAAGAGAUGCAUUUUGUCUAUGAAAUUGUGGACGAUUUGAUCGGAACCAAGAGCAAACAUAGGUUCCUAUAUGCCAGAAGCGCCGAAGAUCUCGAAGAGCUUUGGGUACCAAUCAUCGAAAAGGCCUUCUUCAAGCACAUGACCUGCCUUGAAAUGUGUGAUGGCGGACAGACUUUUGAGGUGAUUCAGUCGUUUCUGGGUGGAGUGUGGGGCCAAUACCAUGCCGGCCGGAAGUCUCACAAUUUGUGGGAUAAAGUUGACCGAGGGUGCGAAAAUGGUGAAGUUCUGACUACCAGCUUCGUCAAACCGAGCAAGGGGCCGUAUGCCAACGUCGAAGGUGAGGAUGGCCGUUGUGGUGAACCGGGCAUCGGCAUGGGCCUCGUGGAAGGUCACGCCUACUCCCUGCUGCGCAGCGGCGAGGUUGAUGGACAUCGAUUGAUUUGCAGUCGAAAUCCUUGGGCCAGCCAUGAAUGGACCGGUCCGUGGUCAGAUGCUUCGAACAAGUGGAACGACGAACGUCGCAAGAAGUUGGGCCUCAAGAAAAGGAAUGAUGGUACCUUUUGGAUGGAAGAUAAAGAUUUCGUUCAGCUCUCCAAAGGUGUGAAAUUCAAUCGGACCUUUGGACCGACCUGGCAGUGCUGUGCCCAGUAUGGACGCUUCGGCAAGGAACCGCCCUUCACCGCCCUGGCCAAGCGUUCUUACCGUGCCUGCGAGGACGGCGAGAUCAACCUCACGCGGGGAGAGAAGUUGGAGGUCACUGGUAAUUCCGGAAAAUGGUUGUAUGGAGUCAAUAAGACCACUGGGAAGGAGGGUUACUUCCGAAGCAGCGAUGUGGACAUGAGGUGCGAAGAUACCUUCAAGUACGAGCUUACUUUUGAGAGUGUGGCAGAAGAUGCUCGGAUCACUGUGGGAGUGUUUCGGCAGGACCAGAUCAAGUGCCGGGAGUGGUACAAGCGGAAGCAAGAUGGCCAGCACUACAAGGAUAAGUAUUAUCCUCAGGCAGAUCUCCACAUCUAUGGCUCAGAUGGCAGCAGGAUCACAAAGGUAACGCUGGGGAAACGUGACCGAUCAGAAUGGUAUUCCUUGAAACCGUCCUUGGGACCAUUCAAAGUCUAUGUCUCUUGCAAAGCAACCAAAGGCCGCCGCUUCGCCCUUUAUGCCUUUGCUCCUCAUGGUGAACUCCGUUGGAAAAGACUUGAUUGCGAGCGGUCCAGGUGGAUCGCCGAGGUGGGAGAGCAAAUGGAAAUGGACAAUAUGCGGGAGAAUAUCUACAGCCAAGCCAGUGAAGCCCUUGAUGACUACAUUCACCUUGGCUAUUCCCUUAUGAAGGACUAUCCCGGAGUGGCCUCACAGGUGAUGGACGUGGCCCACACCGUGGGAGACCUGAUGAAUGCAGGGGGAGUUCAGCAGGCGGCCGACCGUGUGAGGGACUUUGUGGAUUCGGACCAGGUGCAGAACUUGACCAACCAAGUCAAGGAUCUCAUGAACAGCGAUCAGGCACAAGGGAUGGUGGAUCAAGUGGGCGGCCUCAUGAAUCGCGCCAAGUCGUUGUGGGGAUGA